AGAGGCAGAGACAACAUAGCCUACUUGAAACAGAAUAGCGGACGCGUCGCGCGUGCAUGCAUUGCGUUAUUUCUGGGAUGGAGACAGUGCUUGGAAACAAAACUGCCUUUUGAAUCGGUUUCUUUUCUCAUGUAGCCUAUUAACUUUUGCUGGAUACUUAACAAAAAAAAUCAUUUGUAUAUCACUAUAUCUUCCGUGCAGUUGAUGGUAUGAUGUCAGUGUUCAGUUUCCGUGGCACCAGAAGGAGCGGAGCUUCUGGGUUCAUCUGCAUGCUCCUUAGUGUUUCUUUUGCAGUCUACGUUGUCGGGUACAAGCCCGUCAUUAUAGUCCACGGACUAUUCGACAGCCCCAAAGAGUUGGUAAACUUGAGCCGCUUUAUCAGUAAGUCACAUCCAGGUACAAAUGUGACAGUGAUUGACCUGUUUGACUACAAAGCCAGCCUAAAGCCAAUGUGGAAGCAAGUGCAGGGCUUCACACAGGUGGUCCGCUCCAUCCUGCAAAACGCUGUGGAUGGUGUCCACCUCAUCUGCUUUUCCCAAGGUGGAUUGGUGUGUAGAGGAAUUGUCUCCACUCUUCCGGACCACAAUAUUCACUCAUUUAUUUCGCUGUCUUCCCCACAGGGGGGCCAAUAUGGAGACACAGAAUAUCUGAAAUAUGCUUUCCCAAAGUUCCUAAAGAGACAGGUUUAUAAAAUCUGCUACCGCUCCGUGGGACAAAAGCUGUCCAUCUGCAACUACUGGAAGGACCCCCACCACAUAGACCAGUAUGUGAAAGGCAAUGAUUAUCUUGCAUUGCUGAACAGUGAGAGGCUUAACCCCAGUGCAGCAGUUUGGAAGACGAACUUCCUGCGCAUUAAGAAAUUGGUGUUGAUCGGAGGACCAGAUGAUGGUGUCAUCACUCCUUGGCAGUCCAGCUAUUUUGGCUUUUAUGAUGAAAAUGAAGAAGUUGUUGAGAUGAAGGACCAGGAUGUGUAUGUGAAGGAUGUGUUUGGGCUGAAGACACUGGAUGCCAGAGGAGACUUGGUUGUGUGUGUGUUUCCCGGAGUGAAGCAUACCAGUUGGCACUCCAAUGAAGCAGUGUACAAUGACUGCAUCGAUAAGUGGCUCACAUAAAGCGUGAUCAUUGUGACAACAAAAUAAAACAUGUUCUGCACAUAUUACUGCUGAGUGAUGCAAAUGCAUACACAAAACAUGUUCUGUUCACGUUUCUUUGUUUCUGAUAUAAUAGUUAAGCAUGGUAGAAAUAUAGUACAUUAAAGGACUUGAUAAACAACUGUUCUUAACAAAUGGCAAUUUAAAGUAAAGUUAAAGGACACAAAUUAUAGUCAGAUGCUGGAAUGAGAGCACAUUCUGUUUUUUUCCUAUAUAGAUCUAUAGUUUCAUGGUUUUGAGAAAACGGGACAUUUGUGCAUUCGAAAAUGUGAUCCUACUGUGGUUUCUGAUGUUUGUUUUUAAGACAUUUUGCUAACUUUUACAUCUUGUGGUAAAUUACAGGGGUGCAAAUGGAAUGAAAAAUGUUGCAACAGAAUAUUUGUACUGUAUUUAGCUUUUCUGUUCUGUAAUGAUGGGCUAACAAUUUCUCUUCCAAAUAAAGUUCCUGUAUUUGGGAGUCUAUCAUGCAACUAAAAAC